GGCGGCGGCUCCGCCCGAUGCCCCGCCCUGUCAUGGCGGCCCGCGGCGGCGGGAAGGACCGGGGUGGCUGGAAGCUUUUAAGGUCGCGGACAUAACAAGAUAAAUGUUUAGCAAUGAACAGUGUUGCCAAAAGUCUUUUGAAAACAGUUAAAUGCAGCCCAGCUGGGUGGCUGAGAAGCAGCUCUACUGACUGUGGAAAACGGCAUCUCCCAAAACUUGUUCUGGGAAUAGAAACAAGCUGUGACGAUACAGGUGCUGCGGUUGUGGAUGAAGCUGGCAAUGUUCUGGGAGAAGCGCUGCAAUGUCAAAGGGAAGUCCAUCUGAAAACAGGUGGAAUAAUUCCUCUUGUGGCACAGCAACUCCACAGGGAAAACAUCGAGCAAGUAGUGAAGGAAGCACUUAGUGUCAGUGGAGUUUCUGUAAAUGAACUUACUGCUAUCGCGACUACAGUGAAACCAGGACUUGCGCUAAGCCUGGAGGUGGGACUGGACUACAGCAUAAAACUGGUGAACAAGUACCAGAAGCCCUUCAUACCCAUCCAUCACAUGGAGGCUCACGCACUUACCAUUAGACUGACCAAUCAAGUGGAGUUUCCCUUCUUAGUUCUUUUACUCUCUGGAGGCCACUGUAUCUUGGCAGUAGCACAAGGAGUUUCAGAUUUCCUUGUGCUUGGACAGUCAAUAGAUAUAGCACCAGGUGACAUGCUGGAUAAGGUAGCAAGAAGACUCUCUUUAAUAAAGCACCCAGAAUGCCACAGCAUGGCUGGGGGGAAGGCGAUAGAACACUUGGCUCAAACUGGAAACCGGCAACAGUACACAUUCAGACUUCCCAUGCAGCAGUAUCGUAACUGUGAUUUUUCUUUUUCUGGACUUCAGAACCUCAUCAAUAAAACCAUUAUACAAAAAGAAAAAGACGAAGGUAUUCAAGAAGGUGAGCUCCUGUCUUGUGUUAAGGAUAUUGCCGCUGCUGUACAGCAUGUAGUAGCCAUUCAUAUUAUCCAGCGGACAUACCGAGCUAUGCUUUUCUGCAUAAAAAAUGGCAUAUUGUCAUCAAAACAUGCAACUUUGGUUGUAUCAGGAGGAGUUGCAAGUAAUCAGUAUAUCAGAAAAGGCCUGCAAACUCUGGCAAAUGCAAACAAUUUUGCUUUUCUGUCUCCUCCUCCAAGACUGUGCACUGAUAAUGGUGUUAUGAUUGCAUGGAAUGGCAUUGAAAGAUUACGUGCAGGACUUGGUGUUUUAAACAGCACUGAGGGCAUCCGCUAUGAACCUAAAGCUCCCCUUGGAACUGAUAUUUCAAACCAAGUUGAAGAAGAUUCCAUCAAGGUGCCAAAACUAAGGAAGAUACUACAGUUGGCAAGUUAAGAUGUAACUUAAGAAGAAAGAUCUUACAUUUGAAAAAUACAGAAUGAACAACUGGAGAAGGCAUAAUUUACUGUCACUUGCACAAAACUUCAGCCAUAUUUUGGGAACAGAAAGUGAAGCUGAAGAGGUAUGAUAGACACUGAAAAUAACAGAAGAUACAGAAAUAGUGAGCCUAGCAAUCUAUUCUCUCACAUGUAGAAAGGGCAGUUAGUAAAAUGAGUUCCUCAAUCACUGGGCACUGUAAAGUAACGGUUAGGAAUGCUCUACAAAUAAAAUCCUGGAAAGGUAGGGGAAGGGACCUUAAAGACCACCUUCUUCAGAGACCAAUAUUUCUUUCUCCCCUAUAGAUGCAUUCAUAAUGAGAUCCUACUACAAGUACGCAUCUUUUUGUAUUAUUUUGAUGACUCUAAAGACCAAGU